CGUGCCUGGAGCGGGGCGGCCAUGGGCACCCGCCUGCGGUCCGCUGCGCUGUGGGGGGCGGCGCUGGCCGCCACCGCGGGCGCGGCGGCCUGGGUCUGGGUCCGCUUGCGGAGCCGGGCAGCGCCGACUCCCGAGUGCCCGGUUGCCGCCACAGCAGCCGCCGAUCAGGGUACAGGGCACGGUAAGCAGAUACUGGUGCUGGGCCUGGAUGGGGCUGGGAAGACCAGUGUUCUCCACUCGCUGGCAACUAACCGUGUCAAGCGCAGCGUGGCUCCCACCGAGGGCUUCAACGCCAUCUGCGUCAACACCGAAGAGUUACAGAUGGAGUUCCUGGAGAUCGGGGGCAGUGAAUCUCUGCGUUCAUAUUGGAAGAUGUACUUGCCCAAAGUGCUGUUGCUAAUCUAUGUCGUGGACUCGGCUGAUCAUGCCCGACUGCCUGUGGCAAAACAGCUGCUUCAUCAACUGAUCCAGAACAACUCCACCCUGCCGGUGGUGGUUCUGGCCAACAAGCAGGACCUUGAAGGCGCAUAUUGCAUCACCGAUAUCCAUGAUGCUCUGGCACUGUCUGAUAUUGGAGACAACAGGAAGAUGUUCUUGAUUGGUACCCAUGUGGCAGAAGAUGGCUCUGAGAUCUCCUCCAACAUGAAGGAUGCCAAGGAGCUCAUAACACAGCUGGAAGCGAUCUCUCCUCAGGAGCGCUGCCCUCAGCGGCCGUUGCCGUGGCGACGGGAGCGCGCACCAUGGCGCCUGCCCGGCCGCGCGCCGGUGUGUGGGGACGGGGCAGUGUGGGGUGGCGGGGGGUGGCCCCUCCCGGUCGGGCUGGGAGACCCUGUGCCCCUCAGCCAGCCGCGGCGGGGCUCGGGGCGGGCCGGCAUGGCGGAAGAUGCACAGACUCCACCCACGCUGCAACUGUUUAACAUUGAAGAGCAGGCAGUCCAAGCUGCGGUUGUUACCAAGCUUUUAAAUUCACCUCUUCUUGUCUUUGCAGUUCCUUGUUACUUGUCUGCAUGUUCCCAUGACAGGAUACGGGAGCUUGCAGAACCCAAGAAAGCAGCUUGUGUAAAUGACCUCAGGCUUGUUUGGGGAAACCAAGAGACAAUAUGGACCAUCUCACAGCACGCUAUAACAGCUAGACCAUCCGCAAGGAUACUGGAAUUGGCCAAGCCCAAGCAAGAUUUUGGCAAGAACCUAUACAGGCCCCUCUACUUGUACAGCUGUGGAAGGGAAUCAACAAUCUGGGAGCAUCCCUCACUAGAGGAUUUUUACUUACCUUCUGCUCGGCUGUUGAAGUUGGCUGAACCUAAACAAUACCAGGCUGCUUACCUGCUGCGAAGACCUCGCAUGUCCCCUGAAUGGCCUGUGUCACCAGCGGCACUGAACUAUAAGGCCUCCCCACGGAUUGUGGAGCUUGCCCAGCCGAAGAUGCUACACCCAGAGUUCCUGCCGGCCAAAAAGGUGCCAACACAGGUUACAAAUGCUGCAGCCUUGGCCAGAGCAUCCUCACGGAUACAGCAGCUGGCAAAGCCCUCAGUCAAGAAAGUGACCUGCUGCUAUGAGUAUGGCCCUUUUGAAUCUGCCAUUCGCCCGGUUUCUAAGUUUGCUCAGCAGGCAAUUGCUAGCCCUCGGACCCUGGAGCUGGCUAUGGCGAAAAGAUUGCAUCCUGGUUAUGUGCCUGCGCGGGACGCUGCAUGGUCAGUGACAAAGGCUGCAAAGCAGGCAGUGGCUACACCAAGGCUUGUGGAACUGGCCCAGCCUUGCAAAAGGCUUCCUAUGAACUUGACUCAAUUCAACCCAGAUGCCUUCACCGUGAAGGAGUCUGCUAAGAAGGCAAUUUGUUCUCCUCGGAUCAAGGAACUGGCUCUUCCAAUUAAGCGCUGAGCUCCCUCAGAAGCACAGCCCUCUGCUCAUGCCAGCUGUCCCCCUUGGAACAUCACUCUGUUCGGGCUGUGCUGUGACUCUAAAACCUACUUGAACACAGCAGCACUCACUAGGGAACACUUCUUAUAAGCUGCCACUCUUACUGGGCUAAUCUGGGGAGUUAAAUAAAACAGUCAUUCCAUAAGCACAAAAUAGUCACCAAGGGAAAAAAGCAGGAUUUGACCUAAUGUGGGAAGCCUUUCUCCCUAGGAUGAGUUAUGUCUGGAUUUUAUAUCUCUUCUUAUUUUUUAGCUAUAGUAGUUAAAGAAGUGAUGAAACAACUGCUGAGGGAUGCCAGCACAGGAACUGUUUUUUCACAUAAGUAAGUGUGGCAAACCACAGCCAAUGGCACACAGCGUGUUGAUGCAAUGCAACUCCUGACCUUGGGUUUGUUAAAUUUUUGGUAAAGUUUAGAGAUCUUCUCAGUGACACUUAAAGUUUUGUGCUUGUGACAGAAAUAGAAACACAAAAGGCUGCAAAAUUCCAGAUCCAGGGCUGGAUUUGAUAAGGCAUGCAGUUUUAGUACAGACUUCGGAAAUGCUGGGUUGGCAUGUACCUUGAGUUGGCUUGAGUUUGGGGCCCCUUCUCUCAAAUGCCUGGAGAAUGGGCAGAGAAUGGGCAAGCAGCCUUUUGCUUUGCAUGCACCUUUGGUACAAGUUAUACAGGUGGGUUAAAUGUCUGCAAUUGAGAUACUCGGUUGUGUAACCCUAGACAGAAUAAUGGAGGGACAAAAGUUAUAAAAGAAAGCAUGUGGCAGUUUCACUGUCAGUGUAUCUUGAUCUUCCUUGUGUUAAGCCGAUUCUCCUUCCAAAGGAAUAGAGGCAGGUCACCACAAACCACAAGAGGAUUAAUCAGAGGAUCUAGUAAUUGAUUCAGUAAUCCACUAAGCAGAGGAUUUUUGAACCCUUUUGAACAAGAUGAGGUCACUGAGCAACUGUGCUGGUUAUUUUUUAUAUCCCAUGCAUUGUCCUGUACCAGGUCAAUGUACCAGAGUUUGGGUUCUGUGCAAAAGCCUGAGUGCAGCUACAUCCCUUAAGCUUAAGAAUGACCAGAGGGAGGGUGAAGUCUGAUGCCCUGACCCAUGGGGGAACCCCAGUGCUACCAGCCUCUGCCACCUCAGGGAUGAAACUGUGUGGGCUGCCAUGGAUGGACCCGUGGAGGUUGCCCAUGUCUGUGUGCUACCCCUGUGGCAAGAAGGAUACCCCACAAUGCCCACUGAGGCUGUCUUUGGAGAGGUGUUGCUCUCCCAGAGGAAGAAUUCUGUCUCCUGCCAUCGGGGCAGGGACCACAGGUAGGGACGUAACACAGCUCCUCUCAUCAAAAAACUCUGUUGUUUUAUUAAUGCAUUGGAAAAAAAACACCCGAAAAACCAAAACGCCAAUUCUUUCCCUUUGAUGACCUUUAACAGCAAUGUGAGAAAUACAUCCAAAGGAUGCUUGCCUUGGUCUGAUGACUGUGUAGGCACUCAGUUUGCUGAUAUCCAGAGCUGACUCAGCAUCCCGAGCUAGCUAAGAUCAUCUGAGCAACAUAUCCGUUUUCCAGGUGCUCUCCUCUCUGGAUGGUGUGUAUAUUAGAGCCAGAAUGUGUACUUCGCCUUUGGGGAGCAUAAGCAAAAUAAAUCCCUCCCCUUGUAUGUUUGAACCUUUCAUGGCAGCUUUUCUGUAAGCCUGGGACAAGGGCAUGAAAUUGCCUUGCCCUGUGCUGUGUUAUUAAUGGAUGGGAAUCACUAGGUAGGUUAUGCAGCCAUCAGAAGCUGUAUACACAUAUAUAUAUAAUAUUUUUCCUGGUUAUGUACACUUUAAAUAAAACUUAUGUUAAAUAGCAGGGUAUUACUUUGUAUCUCAAAACCUAUUGCAACAGAAGAACUCCAAGGAAACCCACUCUGAAGAGCUUCACCAUCAUUAUCAGCAGCCCUGGGGAUUGGAGCAGCAUCCUCUAGUCCCUGACAGAUCCGCUUUGUGAGGGCAGCCCUUCAGACUUCCUCCACUCUGCCAGGCGCUGCUUGAACCAUUUCUGGAGGAAAGAAAAGAGAAAGAGAUUGAGUGCACUGGGCUGAGUGAACCUCUAAAUAACCUUGCUAAAGGUGCAGAUGUGGUCAGCACAUGGGACCAGGUGAGGGAAACUUGUGGUUCUGCUAUCUGAAGCAAGGUGCUGCACUGUUUCUAGGCAGUAUAGGCACCAGGAGAGCUGCUUCUGACCAAAUAAAUGGUCUUGUUACUGAUGUGUUCACCUCUUUCAAACUCAUUUCUCUUGCACACUUCAGACCUUGACAGUAUUGGUAAGUUCUCAUUUUGUUGCUGUGAGCCCCAAGUUUUUCUUGC